UUUGGCGUGCACAUAAUAAUUUUUAUCUUAGUAGUUUGCCAGCAACGUUUAAACUAGUUAGGAGCGUGUUUGCUCGCCAAUCGACCAAUUGUUUAGUCGCCACUAUGUCAAUGACGCAAUGCUUGUUAUUCAUUAUCUUGGUUCUUAUGGGGUAUUUCGCAUAUUUCAUUCGAAAACGUUUGAACUAUUGGCAAGACCGUGGCAUACCAUGUGACCAGCCUAGCUACUUGCUUGGCAAUUUGGUUGGCAUGCAAAAGACGCGUACGAUGGCAGAAAUUGCUUUGUCCACCUACAAUAAAUUCAAAGGAACUGGCCCAUUUUGUGGUUUCUAUUGGUUUCAUCGGCCGACGGUCUUCGUCUUAGACACCAGCUUGGCCAAAGCUAUACUCAUCAAAGAUUUUAAUAAGUUCACCGAUCGUGGUUUCUAUACGAAUCCCGAUGAUGAUCCACUUUCUGGACAUCUAUUUUCCUUGGACGGACAUAAAUGGCGCGCUAUGCGCAAUAAGCUCUCACCGACAUUCACGUCGGGCAAGAUGAAACAAAUGUUUCCAACUGUGACGAGAGCGGCCACUGAACUAGUGAAUGUGGUCAGUGAGGUAUUGAAGGACGGCUCUACGUUAGAGGUGCGUGAUUUUCUUGGGCGUUACACCACCGAUGUGAUUGGUUCAUGCGCUUUCGGCAUCGAUUGCAACAGCUUGAAGAACCCCAACGAACCAUUUCGGCAGAUGGGUAAACGCGUAUUCACAGAUCAGCGCCAUAAUAUUUUAGGCUUCGCGUUUAUUAUACUAUUCCCGAAAUUGUCACGGCGUCUUCAUAUUAAGAUAACACCUGAACACAUAACCGAAUUUUAUAUGCGCAUUGUACGUGAAAAUAUCGAGUAUCGUGAGACAAAUGGCAUCAAACGCAACGACUUUUUCGACAUGUUGUUGGAAUUGAAAAACAAUAAAAUGUUGAAAACGGCAGACGCUCAGCCAAUGGCCAAUAUAACCGUUGAAGAGAUGGCGGCGCAGGCAUUCCUGUUCUUGGCUGCCGGUUUUGAAACCUCAUCGACAACAAUGGGCUUCGCGCUCUACGAGCUGGCACAACAUGAGGAUAUGCAGCAGCGCGUGCGUGAAGAAGUGUGCGAAGUGCUGGAGCGGCACAAUGGCGAAUUCACCUACGAGUGUAUGGGUGAAAUGGUGUACUUGAAUCAGGUUAUAUCAGAAACACUGCGCAAACAUACAAUAGUGCCGAUGCUCACGCGUGAAUGCUCGGAGGACUACCAAGUGCCCGGCCAUUCGAAGUAUCAUAUCAAUAAGGGCAUGUUUGUGAUUGUACCGGCGGUAGGAAUACAUUUGGAUGACGAUUACUAUCCUACGCCCGAAGAGUUCAACCCCGAUAACUUUACGCCAGAAAAAGUGGCAGAACGCGAUUCUAUUGAGUGGCUGCCAUUUGGUGAUGGGCCACGUAAUUGUGUUGGUUUACGUUUUGGACUGAUGCAGACGCGUGUUGGCUUGGGGUACUUGCUCAAGAAUUUCCGAUUCGGUGUUAGUGAAAAAACACAGAUCCCCAUAAAAUAUAACAAGAAGACAUUCUUAUCCAUGGCUGAGGGUGACAUUUACUUGAGGGUGGAGAAAGUGUCCAAAUCAAACCGCUCUGAUAUUAAACACUUGAACUCGUCUCCAGCAGCUGCCAAUUCUAAAGAUUCGCGCUCCGCUAAAUCCACUGAAUUCGCCAGUAUGUCUGUCACACAAUUCCUGUUGGCGAUACUGAUUGGUCUGCUGGGUUAUGCAGUCUACUGGUUGCGUCAACGCUUCAUGUACUGGGAGGUGCGCGGCAUUGCCUUCGAAAAACCAAACUAUUUUCUAGGCAACUUGAAUGGCAUACGCACGACACGCUCGUUUUUGGAAAUUUGGUUGGCUACCUAUAAGAAAUUCAAGGGCACCGGCCCAUUUUGUGGCUUCUUUUGGUUCCAGCGUCCUGCGGUGUUCGUAUUGGAUACAAAAUUGGCAAAAUCUAUAUUAAUUAAGGAUUUUAAUAAUUUUGUCGGUCGCGGCUUUUAUACCAAUGUCGAGGAUGAUCCACUCACCGGACAGCUUUUCCUAUUGGAAGGUCAUAGAUGGCGUGCCAUGCGCAAUAAACUGUCGCCUACUUUCACAUCUGGCAAAAUGAAGUACAUGUUCCCGACUGUGUUGCGUGUGGGCGAGGAGUUCGUGCGCGUUCUAGCGGAUACAAUACAGCAGCAACCAAUUCUAGAAAUACGUGAUUAUUUGGCGCGUUUCACUACAGAUGUUAUAGGCACUUGCGCAUUUGGUAUCGAUGUGAACAGUUUGAAUAAUCCCAACGAUGAGUUUCGUCAGAUGGGUAGACGCGUUUUCACCGACCAGCGGUAUUUGCGGCUAGGUUUGGCUUUAAUUAAUAGCUUUCCCAAAUUGUGUCGAAAGUUGCAUAUAAAAAGUACACCCGAUCACAUCACCGAAUUCUAUAUGCGCCUCGUACGCGAGAAUAUUGAUUAUCGUGAGAAGAAUAAUAUCAGACGUAACGAUUUCUUCGAUAUGCUAUUGGAUUUGAAAAAUAAUAAAUUAUUGAAAUCUUUGGAUGGCGAGGAAAUGAGCAUAACGGUUGAGGAGUUGGCAGCAUAAGCGUUUGUUUUUCUGAUUGCUGGUUUCGAGACUUCAUCGACUACAAUGAGCUUCGCACUCUACGAGUUGGCACAGCAUGAGGAUAUACAAGAGCGCGUGCGUGCUGAGAUUGCGGAAGCUUUGGAGAAACAGAAUGGCGACUUCACUUAUGAGUGCAUGAAAGAUAUGGUCUACUUAGACCAAGUGAUAUCAGGUAAGUCAGCAAGCCAAGAAGGGAUAAUUUAUUUGCUACUUUGCAUGUUUUAUAAUAUAAAUAAUUUCUUCAUUAAUUUGUACUGCCUUAUACUGUACUGCCGAUUCAAAGGCAUGCAAGUGCUAAUACCGGCUGCUGCAUUUCACCGUGACGCUGAUAUAUACCCCAAUCCGGAUACUUUCGAUCCUGAUAACUUCUCACCCGAGAAGGUAGCCCAACGGGACAGCGUGGAGUGGUUGCCUUUCGGCGAUGGCCCGCGUAAUUGCAUCGGUAUGCGGUUUGGUCAAAUGCAAGCUCGUAUUGGCUUGGCUUUGCUGCUGAAGAACUUCAAAUUUUCAGUGUGCGGAAAAACGCCAAUUCCGAUGACUUACGACCAGGAACAAUUUAUAGUGCAAUCUGAGCAUGACAUUUCUUUGCAUGUCGAGAAAAAAGCGGGUAAAUACACCCGUUGUGUUUCUAAUUUUACUCACGCUGCUGAGAUGUCUCCCACAGAAGCACUAGUGAGCAUUGUGCUGGGCCUACUGGGCUACGUCAUAUACCGCCUGCGUCAGGGUAUGACCUACUGGCAGCGACACGGUAUUCCUUGCGAGGAGCCACAUUAUUUAGUUGGCAAUUUUGUUGGCUUGGGCAAGACGCGUUCAUUCCCGGAUAUUUGGCUGGAUACUUACAGAAAAUUCAAAGGCACUGGUCCCUUUUGUGGGUUUUAUUGGGGCCGAAGCGCAUCUGCUUUUGUGCUGACACCAGAAUUGGCUAAACUGGUACUUAUUAAAGACUUUAACAAAUUCAGUGAUCGCGGCUUUUACCACAACGACAAGGACGACCCUCUUUCCGGGCAACUUUUCAUGUUGGAUGGUCACAAAUGGCGAAGCAUGCGAAAUAAACUUUCUCCCAUAUUCACCAGUGGAAAAAUGAAAAUGAUGUACCCGACUAUUGUGAAAAUAGCUGAUGAGCUCUCAAAUUUGACUGGUGCUAUGCAAAAGCAAGAUACCGUGAUAGAGGUGAAAGAGGUGUUGGCGCGCUUCACUACCGAUGUGAUUGGCACUUGUGCCUUCGGCAUAGAAUGCAAUAGUUUAAAGGAUCCCAAUUCAGAGUUUCGCGCAAUGGGUAAGAAAGCUUUAACGGAUGUGAGACAUACACCGCUGGCACGUACCAUUAUUAGUAGUUAUCCAGAAUUGGCCAAAUGCCUGCACAUGAAAGUCAUACCCGAUCACAUUACUAAAUUUUACAUGGGUAUCGUGUGCGAGAACAUCGAAUAUCGUGAAAAGAAUAAUAUUAGACGCAACGACUUCUUCGAUAUGUUGCUGGAUCUGAAGAAUAACAAAAUACUGAAGUCGGAAGAUGGCGAGGAUAUGAGUAUAAGUGUUGGCGAAUUGGCCGCGCAGGCAUACCUGUUUUUGAUAGCCGGUUUUGAGACUUCAUCGACCACAAUGGCAUUUGCGCUCUACGAGUUGGCACAGCAUGAGGACAUACAGCAGCGUGCGCGUGAGGAGAUUUUAGAGGUGAUGGCACGUCACAAGGGCAAACUUACCUACGAGUGUAUGAGCGAAAUGGUGUACUUGAAUCAGAUUAUUUCAGAGACCUUACGUUUGUAUACUGUGCUGCCAAUAUUGAAUCGCAUGUGCCUGGAGGACUACCCGGUGCCGGGCCAUCCGAAGUACGUCAUUAAGAAGAAUAUGAAAGUGUUGGUGCCAGCAGGUGCAAUGCAUCGCGAUGCCGAUCUAUUUCCCAAUCCAGAUAAAUUCGAUCCGGAGCACUUUUCGCCAGAACAAGUGGCCAAACGCGAUGGUAUUGAAUUCUUGGCCUUCGGUGAAGGGCCGCGCAAUUGCAUCGGUAUGCGCUUCGGCCAGAUGCAGGCACGCGUGGGUUUGGCGUAUUUGCUGAAAAGCUUUAAGUUUAGUGUCUGCGAUAAAACGCCAAUACCGAUGGUCUAUAAUACGAACUCCUUCCUGGUGUCUUCUAACACUGAUAUUUAUCUAAGUGUCGAACCAGUUUGAAUUGGAUUUAAUCUUUUUGAUUUUAUUGUAGUAUCUAAUUAUGUAGUUAAGGCCCUUUGGUCCAUAUAGAAAUAAAAGAAUCAAACAUGUAUAUAUAUAAGUAUAAUUAGAUAAUAUUAUAUAUGACUAUAAAAAAGAAAAUUUUUGGAAUAUUAUUUAUU